UCCUGCUGGAGAGAGGGUUUUCCACCCGUUGUAGAAGAAACCUCCAGCAAGUCAUUCACAUGGAAAGCAAGCAUCCAACUAAUGGCAGAAAGCAAUUGCACCCAACCAACUGAGUUUGUCUUAAUGGGGUUCACAGAGGACCCGGUGACACAGGAGCUGCUCUUUGUGGUGUUUUUAAUCAUCUAUCUCACCACGCUGGUGGGGAACCUGGGGAUGAUCGUCCUCAUCAGGACCAACUCUCAGCUUCAUGUGCCCAUGUACUUCUUCCUCGGCCACCUCUCUUUGCUGGACAUCUGUUACUCUUCAUCUGUCACACCGAAGCUCCUGUUGGGCCUCCUUGCAGAGAGAAAUGUUAUUUCUUUCAAUUGCUGCAUCGCCCAGUUUUUCUUCUUUGCGGCAUUUGGCACCACGGAAGCCAUCCUCCUGGCCGUCAUGGCCUACGAUCGCUACGUGGCCGUCUGUCAGCCCCUGCACUACUUGGCUUCCAUGUCGCACAGGGUCUGUGUCCAGCUGGUGGUGGGUUCCUACGCUGCCGGGAGCCUGAAUGCCCUGGUGCACACCAGCGCUCUCCUCCGACUCUCCUUCUGUGGCCCAAACCUCAUCAACCAUUUCUAUUGCGAAAUGCCGCCCCUCCUGCUCCUCUCGUGCUCCGACACCCGGCUCAAUACGAUGGUGUUGGCCGUGUGUGUUGGCUUCAUCGUAACCACCUCAGUCUUGGCCAUCGUUGUCUCCUACACCUGCAUCCUGCUCACCACCCGGGGUGUCCGCUCUGCGGAGGACAGGCACAAAGCCUUCUCCACCUGCACCUCCCACCUCACGGCCGUCGCCCUCUUCUACGGCUCCGUGGCUUUCUUGUAUUUACAUCCCUUUUCCAAGCGCACAGAAGAUCAAGGGAAAACAGCCUCCAUCUUCUACACCGUGGUGACCCCCAUGCUCAACCCUAUCAUCUACAGCCUGAGGAACAGGGAGGUGAGGAGCACCCUCAGAAGAGAUAUGAACAAGCUCCUCACCUUCAUGGGUUGCCACAGGUCCUGCUCUAACCAAAGCAAAGCAGACAUCACCUGCCACAGCGGAACGAGCAGAAGAAAUAAGGGUGACACCUGACAGAAGAAGGGCACCGGACAGUUCUGUGCAUCUGGCGAGAUGUAGGUGCUCUACGUCGUGCUGAGUUUGAAUUAGGAAUUAAUUCACAUUGUGGUCCCUUGAGAAGUAAAUCACCUGUAACUACGGUGUUUGAAAGAAGGAGGGAAUGCAGGAAAGACAAUCCUAAAAACACAUGCAUUGUCAGUGAAGCUUUCACAGUAAAUGAACUUAGAAGCAGCUCUAGAACAUGCACAGCUGACACUUUUUACCAAAGAGGGUUUACUCAAUAUUAAAUUCUGUGGCCUGAAAGAGGUGACUCAGAGCAGAAGGGGACAAGCUAAAUUAAGGACUACAUGUUGGAGAAGUACAUUGUCUUUCAUAACUUUCUUCUCAAAUUUCCUACAUAGUUGCUUAAGUUGCUGUAGAACAAUAAACACGGUUUAUUAUUUUCUCUGCUUUGUCCAAAGAUAGUCUUUAUGAGGAACAGCACAGCCCCACACUUCAUAUAUACUGCAUGUAGACCACCCGUGUUGUGUAUCUUGCUUUCUUGGAUGGGUCUCCCCCACAGACACCCACCAGCUUAGGAGGAGGUUGGAGUUCUAUCCCCCGUGACAAGGAGUCACUCAGCUUGGCCAGGAACAGACUUUCAAGACAUUAUCUGAGCAGUGUUGGCUUUUCCCAGGAUGUCAUCUGGUGUUGACAACACAGAAAGCCUCCAUGCUUCUGGCAAUAUGUUGUUCUCAGAC